GAUAAAUGACAUUUUAAUGUGAGGUUAUGUUUAGUAGAUGCAGUAGGAAAUACUAUUUAAAUUAUUCAAUUUACCUUAGUAUUGACUCAAAAAUGAUUCGAAAUAAAUUAAUUACCAAUUAUUUACAAUUACAGCAAAAAAUAAUCUACAACUCCCAUUAUUUCAGCACAAAAGUUGACAUAGCAAAAUUAGAUGAAGAACCCAGUGCUACAACAGAAGUGGACAAUGAGGAAGCGAAACUUAGGGAAGAAGAAAUCGAAAGGCUUCGAAACAAAUCGCGUUUGAGGCAACCAGAUCGCUGUAUACUAAUGAACAAAAACCCUUACCCUGAGCCGAUGGUGAGCCAUCACGGGACUCUAAAGUAUAUGAGGCGGACGUACGGUCGGUACGGCGAAGCUUCCGGCGUCAAUCCGGCUAUUUGCUGGCCUGUAAAAGAAGAACUCGAUAAUGCCAAGGAGUACGAAAGGGCCGCUCAUCCGUUCACGAUUCAGGACAUGAUGGCCGAGGCGGCGCGCGUUAAAAAGGAGAAAGAGGAGGCGACUCAGACCAGGCAGAAGGAUAUCGUGACCAAAAUGUUGAAACUGGAGGAAUGGAAACGCGAUUUGGCUAAUAGGAUAGCCAAGAAAGAGGCAGAAGCGAUCGCUGCUAAACAAAAGAAAGAAAGAUUAGUAGAGGAAGUUAAGAGGCAUUUCGGCUACACAGUUGAUCCUCGAGAUGCCAAAUUCCAGGAAAUGUUGGAACAAAAGGAGAAAGAAGAGAAGAAAGCGAAAAAGGAGGAGAGGAAGAAGUUGAGGGAAGCUAAAAUGAUGGAGAAGUUGUUGAAGAAACCGGAAAGCAAAACCGAGAAAAGCGAACAAAAUAAAGAGGGCACGGAAAAUACAAAAGAAGAAUUGCCCGAUAAAAAGGAAUAAAUUUUAUUUUAUAAUUCAGUUUUGUAUAUUAAUUAAUUCGUAAUACAUAAUAAAGUUUGUUUUUGUAGUUGGAUA